AUGGGCGAUCGACGGAACGGGUGGACGACCGUCGGCCACGGGCACCUCCCCGGCCAACAGCAGUACGGGCGCAUCUGGGAGGCCGAGCAGGAGCUCAAGGAGCGCGAGACCAUUGCCUCGUGGGACCGGGACGAGCAUUGGCCUGGCAUACCCCUCUUCAGCGGCCCUGAUGCGAAGCGCUUCGACGGCCGCCUCGCCAAGCUCGAGGACCUCGGCUUCGGCGCCUUUGGCCGCGUCGAAAAGGUCAUGCACGGCACCGUCUGCCUCGCCCGCAAGCGCAUCGUCCGCCGCCGCGGCUUCACCAUCGAGGACCUGCGCCAGGAGGGCCUCACCAUGCGCCGGCUCGACCACCGCCACGUCGUCAAGCUCGUCGCCACAUAUGCGCCCCGCUCCCACGAGCUGUGUCUGCUGAUAUGGCCCGCCGCCGUCUGUAACCUCAACGUCCUGCUCGAGGACAUUGAGAUGCUGCGCCAGCGCGAGGGCGACCGCGACGACAUCAUCGAGAGGCUCCACGCGCUCGACAUCCGCGACCUGAGCGCCGUUGAACCCCCGUCCACGAGCCAGAGCUUCCAGUCGGACGAAAAGUGCCCCUUUGACUUUCUGAGGACGGUUAUGGGCUGCGCCGCGCGAGCUAUGGCUCAUUGUCACGCCAAUGACGUACGCCAUCUCGACAUUAAGCCGUCCAACAUCCUGCUACGACCAGACCGGGUAUACUUGGCCGACUUUGGCAUCUCCCGAGACGUCAGCGGCCAGGACCAGACCACGACGGACGGGCUCCCGGGAACGGAGAAGUGGCGCGCCCCGGAGCUGUACAGCAGCCACGGCUCGAGCAUGCAGCUCUCCGACAUGUACUCUCUCGGCCUCGUCUACAUGAACAUUGCCACCGUCCUGUAUAACGUGCGCUUGGCCGAGUUCGACGACGCCCUCAAGUACUCGUCGGCGGCGAGCCGCGAAGACCAGCUCAGGAUACGCGAGGACAAGAUCAGGAAGCACCUCGACAAGCUGACGGCCCACGCGCUCGUGACGCCGCCCUUCAUGUUCACCUACGAAGGCCAGGAGACGGUGCGGCCGCGGCCCGUCGUGAAGCUCAUCUCGCACAUGGUGGCCACGGAUCCGCGCAAGCGCCUGUCCGCCGACAAGACGGACGAGAAGCUGUCCAUGAUCGGCGGCAUCCGCCAGAUAUACCACGCCGAGUGCUGCAAGCGGCCCAUCUCGUGGGUCGAGGACAAGUGGGAUAGGAAGCUCGCCGUGCUGUCGCAGCUGCGCAGCGAGAACGAGCUGCUCCGGAGGCGCGUCAGGGAGCUCGAGGGCCGCGACGAGACGUACGAGGCGCGGCUCGAUAACGAGCGCAACCAGCAUCGCCAGGCCGUCGACCGCCUGCAAGCCCAUCUCAAGGAGGCUGAGGAAAAGUACCAGAAGCUGGAACUCGAAAAGACGUCUCGACGAGGAUCACACGGCCAGGGCGCCCGUCCGAACCCCACGCGGCCGGUUAUGCCAGGUGCUAGGCGCAGCGGCGGCGUCGGCCUUGGCUUGAGCACAACAAGGUCGACGCCCACCACACCCGCCGCAGUGAGGCCCACCAUGCAGCCGUCGUCACAAUCAACACAGCAACUGCCCAGGAGCACGCCCCCAUGGGGUCCGCGCAGGGCAUCCCAAGCCCAAGCUCAAGCUCCGGCCAGCCCCAUGGCCGCUCAGUCUCCAGCCCAAAGAUCCCCCAGCGUCACCAACCUGGCCGGCUACCAGCUCCGCUCCAGCAGCUCCCGGUCAAGGCUUCCCCUGCCCGUCACGCCCAACAGCCGCAGCGGCACGCCCGUGCUCGCCCGCGACCAGAGCAUGACGGACAGCAGCAUGGCCUCAUCCGUCUUCUCGCGCCGCAGCGUCGACACGGCGCCUACGCCCGCCAACAACAGCCCCCAGCUGCAGCGCACCACGCCAGGCCGCGAGAGCGGUGACGCCGGCAACCCGCCUAGACCCGAAGAGCAGUGGACAGAGCUCCCCGCGCAGCAGCAGCCGCCCCCGUCGCCGAGCGAGUCCCGCCGGCGCCCGUCCGCCGCGACGCAGGACAGCGCCCCCCGUCCGCCGCCCGUCGCCACGCCCUCCCCGCCGGGUAGCCCCGUGCUGUCCAUGACGGGCACCGCGUCCAUCAUGUCCUCGCCCCGCACGCUCCGCUCCGAGCUCCUCUCCGACGCAGGCAGCGACGCAAACUCGACGGCGCGCCCUGCUGUGCCGUCGCUGCAGUCGGCAAGGAGCUGGGCCGAGGUGGCCCGGCCGGAGAGGCGGCGCGCUCAAGCCCCCAGACGUGCCUAA